AUGACAAAUUGUCCACCCAUCCACCAUAUAAACCGCCUAGAGUCAGCAACCUUUUCUGUUAGAAAAGACACCAGAGAUAUAGUAUUCCGUGCCAAGAUCUUUGGAAACUAUUACAUUACACUUUGCUCUCAACAACUCCAAAACAACGAUAUCCCUCACUGCAUCUUUACACAACAUGUUUGGUAUUCUGUCUGUCAAAUGGGGAAUGCAAAAAGAGUUACAAGCACUAUAAACAUACCAUCAGAUAAAUUAACAGUCUGGAAUAGACUUAGCUCUAGUUAUAGGGCUAUUGCAUAUAUAUAUAAAAAACUGGGGGAGGAGCUUCGCAAUGUAGAGCCGAAGUGUGCCCUGAGCUUGCUACACUGA